AUGCAAGGAAUCCCCGCCAGAAUCCCAUCAUCGCGAAUCCCCACCGAGAAGACCAUGACUGCACCAACUGCUACCUCGCCUCCAGUAUCCCCGCCGGCCAAGAGAGUCAAGACCGACAAUAUUGCAAAUAUUAGCAAUCCACCCACCGCAAACGACUCAGCCUCUCACAAUCCCACAAUGGAACAGAUCCCCCCCCUCCUCAUCAAGAAGCUGUCUGAUAAGGCCCGCCUACCGACCCGCGGCUCAGCCUUUGCUGCUGGGUAUGAUAUUUACGCUUCUAAGGACACCGUGAUCCCCUCGAGGGGCAAGGCUCUCGUAGAUACGGAUAUUAGCAUGGCUAUCCCAGCCGGUACAUACGGCCGUAUUGCGCCCCGAUCCGGCCUCGCUUCGAAGCACUUCAUCGACACCGGCGCAGGUGUCAUUGAUGCCGACUACCGUGGCCAGGUAAAGGUACUUCUCUUCAACCAUGGCGAGGAGGACUUCCAGGUGAAGGAAGGUGACCGCAUCGCCCAACUCGUCAUUGAGCGCAUUUGGAACCCCGAGGUCGUGGAAGUCCAGGAACUUGAGGAGAGCAUUAGGGGUGCUGGAGGCUUCGGUAGCACUGGAUAA